AUGAAAACAAAAGUGGGGGGACAGAGACGAGAGGGUGGCGACUCCGACAUGACGAUGGCGACUCCGACAGAAGAUGAAGGCUCUAGUUCUGGGCCUUCACUUUGUGAGCUUCUUUCAGUUGAAUUCAAGAAUUGGAAAUCAAAUGCAAUUGUUUGGGACAUGCUUGCAUUUGCUUACUCUAGAUCCAACAUGGUUCAUGAUGCCCUUUGCAUUAUAGCCAAAAUGAAAGAUUUCAACAUUCAACCUUCAAUAUUAACCUACAACAGCUUAUUACACAACCUAAGACACUCUCAAAGCAUGUGGGAUGUGUACAAUGACAUCAAAGAGACUGGAAUCCAAGAAACCAAACAAACAAAUUCCAUCCUUGUAGAUGGUUUAUGUAAGCAAUCCUUAAUGCAAGAAGCCAUAGCCCUUCUUCAUGUCAAAGAUUCCCCACCUCAUGUUGCUUCAUUUAACACAGUCAUGUCAAGUUUCUCCAAAAUGGGAUUUGGAGAUAUUGCUCAAUCGAUUUUCUGUUUGAUGUUGAAAUUUGGAGUAAAACCCGAUGCAUACAGUUACAAUAUUCUUAUCAAUGGACUAUGUAUCGCGGGUUCUCUUCAAGAUGCAUUGAAGUUGACUAAUGACAUGGUCAAACAUGGAGUCAACCCUGAUUCAGUAACAUACAACACACUUGCUAAAGGUUUUCAUGUUCUUGGUAAGAUAAAUGGGGCAUCAAAGAUGAUUCAAGAAACACUAUCAAAAGGGUUGAACCCUAAUAGUAUCAUAUAUACAUUACUCAUAUGUGGGAAUUGUCAAGAAGGAAAAGUUGAUGAAAGCAUGAACUUGAAAAAUGAAAUGGUUUCUUAUGGGUAUCAAGUAAACUUUAUCUCAUAUAGUGUUUUAGUUAGUAGUUUAUGUAAGAUUGCGCGUGUUGAUGAAGCUUUAUGUUUGCUUUAUGAGAUGGAAAUAGAGGGUUUAAAACCUGAUGUUAUGUAUUCUAUCAUCAUUCAUGGUUUUUGCAAACAAGGGGAGAUUCAAAAAGCAAUUCACGUAUACAUGGAAAUGUGCAACAAUAGAAUCUUUCCUAAUGUUUUCACUCAUAGAGCUGUUUUAUUGGGCUUUUGUAGUAGAGGAUCACUCUUUGAAACAAGAAAGCACUUUGAUAUGUUAACUAGUGGUGAUGAUAUUCAAGAUAUUGUUCUUUACAAUAUUAUGAUCAAUAAGUAUGCAAAACUCGCUCGAGAAAUUGAAAAGGCGUUUGAGUUACAUGAUAAAAUGAUGUCACAUAAUCUUAAGCCUGAUGCAGUUACAUAUAACAUUCUUAUGAAUGGGUUAUGUGUGUAUGGUGAUUUACAUGAUGUUGAUAAGUUAUUCUUGUAUUUAAAGGAGCAUAAUGUUGAAUUAAAGAAGGCUGCUUAUACGAUUCUUAUUAAAGCACAUUGUGUAAAGGGUGAUGUGCAUCAAGCAAUGGUGGUGUUCUCUGAAAUGGUGGAAAUGGGGUUUGAAGUGAGUGUUAGGGAUUACAGUGGUGUGAUUAAUAGGUUGUGUAAAAGAUGUUUGACAUAUGAAGCAAAGGGUUUUUUCAGGAUGAUGAUUAACAAUGGUGUGAUCUCUGAUGUUAGGGUUUAUACAGUGUUGAUGUAUGCUUUUCACUUUGUGGGUGAUCUUCAUUCGAUACAUGAGUUGCUACCUAAUAUGGUGAAAUGUGGGAUAGAUUCUUUAGAAGAAGCAGGAGGACACCUGUCAUGA